AAAAAAAAAAUCAAAUAAAAAAAGUUCCAAUGGUUGAGAGUCGUUAAUCGUUACUUCUCUGUUUCAGAUUUCGGGAGCGUAAGAAAUGUUACGCGCCAUGACGAUCGGCAGCUUCUCCCUGAGAAAAUUGGUGUCCGGAAUCGAGACUCAGAGACCCUGCAAUCUGGAGUCGUCUUCUACACCCAGCCGCUUUCAGUUGAAAUCGGUAUCGAAAUCGAAAUUUCCUUUGGUUCCACAGACCAAAUCUACGAAGCUUCGCAUUGAAUUUCAUUCUAAACCACUCCAUAGCCUCAAUAAGCUCCCGUUUAUGCGAGUUCGCUGCUCCGUCUCCGCCCUCUUUCACUGGGACUCGUGGAGAUGGGUUACGCAAAUCACCUCCUAUUACUUGUUCUUUCUUUGCUUAGUUGCACAAGCCCACGAUUAUCCAUCUCCUUCUGUUAGAUAUCCUUGUGAAGAUGUUAACAAGUAUUAUGCUAAUGUAGCACAGUUAACAGGUGAACCUCUCAAACGUAAGCUAAAUUCAAUCAUUGCUGCACAUCAUUCCUUGUCCUAUAAAGAGGUCUGGAAUGCCAUCAAGAUUCUUGAUGCUGCUGAUGUGGACAAACCAGAAGCCUCAUCAGAAAUAGUGGAGAUUUACUCGCAAAGGAUUGUGUCAAAGUCGCUAGCAGGGAAGCCUGAGGGUUGGAACAGGGAGCAUUUGUGGCCUCGCUCUUAUGGGCUCAGAAGAGGUCCAUCCCUGACCGAUUUGCAGAAUAUCCAUCCAGCAGAUGCAAAUGUGAAUUCCUCACGGGGAAACAAAUAUUUUGGAGAAUGCCAAGUUAACUCCCCAGAAUGUAUGAAGCCAGCCUACAAAGAAGCUGCUUCUGAUACUGAAACAGACAAGGAAAAAUGGGCACCACCUAAGCGCGUUAGAGGAGAUAUAGCACGGGCAGUAAUGUAUAUGGCAGUCUGUUAUGGGUUCCACCUUUCUGAUUCUCCAGACAAGGGAAAUAAGGAGAUGGGCUUAAUUUCCACAUUGUUAAAGUGGAAUAAGAGUGAUCCGCCGUCAAGAGAAGAGAAGUUGAGAAAUGAAAGAAUAUGCAAGUUUUAUCAGCACAAUAGAAAUCCGUUUGUUGAUCAUUCAGAAUACGCUGAUCUAAUUUGGAAGUAAGUUUCUCCAACUUGGUGAAAGCUCAAAGUUUCUUAAGGGGAACAAUGACCAAUGUCAGUCACAACCACAAGGUAAGAGUUUCUUAGAAGGAGAUAUUUUUUUGUCCUAAGCGAUCUUCAUUUUUCUCAAACUUGGAAGAGGAAACCAUGAAGGUAGCAAUGCAUAAUAUGAGAUUUUGGCUUGUAUUUAUUCAUGAUGAAAUAUGUACAAGAUAAUGUUUCAUGGAAGUUAUAGUUCUUAAUGAAUACCCAAAAGCUUCGACAUACUAGGCUAGGCCUCGGGUAGAUUUGAACUUGUUAAUAUAUCCCGUUAUUUCUUCGGGUGAGUGGGUUUAGGUAUUCAUUUAGUUCUAAUAUAAAUGAUGGUGGGAGAUAAUACUACAAGAAUUAUAGAACUUCUACUA